CACCGAAGUAAAGAACUCGUCUCCGCGUCGCUUUCUCCCACGCAUCAACUGGCAUGCUUUUCAUCUCUCACUCAUUUCCUUUGGCGCGGAAUCCUUAUUGAGCACUGAGCUCUGCGUCUAACCCAAUCUCUUAUCUAACCGACGCCUUCGCACAACCGCCCACCACCACCCCCACCCAACCGCUUCUCUCUCCUCCCCGCCCAUGGGUAAGAACAAGAAGAAGCCCGAUGGCGGGCGCGACAAGACACCCCUCGAGCCCAGCAAGGGUCCGACGUACACUCUCCGCAUCGUCUUCCACUCGGCGCAACACCUGCCCAUAGCCGACUUUGGCACCCAGUCCUCGGACCCCUUCAUUCUGGCGCAAUGCAACGCCGGCCUGCCCACGCGGCACAAGAUGGACCCAGAGGUGCGCUUCCGCAGCGCGACUGCGCGCCGCACCCUCAACCCCAAGUGGGACGCCGAGUGGGUCAUCGCUGGUGUGCCGGCCCACGGAUGCGAACUCAAGGUGCGCGUGUACGACGAGGACAACGGGACGCACGACGACCUGCUGGGCCGGGUGCACGUGCGCACCGGCCCGCUGGAGGAGGGGUUAAAGCUCGAGGGACGCGAGUACGAGCUGCGCAAGAGUGGAGCCGACUGGAGGGCGUGGACGUGGCGCGCGUGUCGCAAGCCGGUGGACGACGAGGCGAGGAAGGAGGCCAGCCUCACCAUGUCCGUCGAGGUGUUGGGGCGCACCAAGGUCGAGGUCGGCAAGGUGUACACUGUCAACAGCUUUUGGUGGACGCACUACUCGCCGUUGCUGGGGCGCGUGGUGAACACGACGUCACCGGACGCCGACGACGACGAAGAGUCCGCAAACUUCCAAGCCAACCAGCUCCAGCUCGCCGGACCUGUCCCCAACGAGCUGUACCAUCGCUACGUCGAUUUCCAGAUGUUCGUCCCAUGGAUGUUCGAGUCCAAAGGCCUUCGAGGAAGGUUCCUCCACGCCAUGCUCCACCGACAACACGAGAGUGUGUACCACUAUGACGCGGAGACAGAGUACGGCCGCCUCCCCGGUCCCGGCAAGGCGAUGGGACAGCGCUUCCUCGACAUGACCUUCUGGGGCCAAGGAAAGCGCAUCUUCACCUAUGUCAUCACGCUGGACGGGUUGAUGCGCUUCACUGAGACGGGCCCCGAGUUUGGCAUCGACAUGCUGAGCAAGCACACGAUGCACUCGGACGUCAACGUGUACGUUGCGUAUAGCGGGGAAUUUUUUGUGCGGAAGUACCGGCCCGACGCGCCCGGCGAGGACGUGGCGGCAAAGUAUGAACGCAACAGUCUGGACAUUGAGCUCGAGGAGGGGGCGAUGCACGGCGAGAAGUCUGGCGGCGGGGAAGAGCAGGGGCUCGAGGUCAAGCCUCGGCAGCGUGGGCCAGACACCAACACCAAGCGGUUUCGGCACGAGCACGGCCGGCGGCGCGCGGCGCGCGACGCGCAGUACGACGUGCCUCCGCAAGAGACGACGCUUCACGGCCCGGGCUCGCGAAGACGCUCCACCGAUCCGGCUGAUUACGAGCUCGUAAUUGACAACGACUCGGGCACGUACCGGCCGGACAAGGAGCUGCUGCCCAUCCUGGCAAAGUACCUCUCGGAGCAGUUUGGCGGGCUGCACAUCGCUGUGCUGAGCUGUACAGACGACGUGGAUCAGGAGAUCAAGAAGCGGCGCCUCAAGGCCAAGGCAAAGCGCACCGGACGCCGGCUGUACACGCAGGCGAACAGCUCGAAUUCGAGCCUGUCGAGCAGCGACGCCGAGGCGUUCGAGGAGGGCAGGCAUCACUUGAGCGGCAGGGAGAAGGGACUCGACUUCGUCACGGAUCCCCUCAAGUUUGCGAAGGAGCGGUAUCAUCACGGCGUGGACAAGCUCAAGCGCCAAAAAUCGGGCGAGAGCAAUGCCGAGGGCUCCCCGAGCGCUCCGAGCCCAAGCGCGGAGACGCCGAGCGUCGACUCUCCACACGACACGCCAGGUAUCAGCGAGAAGGCUGGGCUUGACGCCCGGCGUAGUCCCAACCUCAAUCCUAAUCAUCCCCCUACACAGUCGAGCGACCAAGCGCAGUCCGAGAAGGUGUGAGCGCGUGAGCACCAAGGUUCCCAUCUUUCACAUGUAGCCACAAUAGUUGUCUUGAAUUAAAGCGACCCUUCCGCUCUCCAUGUCAAUCACAUACAUAUGUUACAUCAUACAGCGGUUGAACUA